AUGUCGUCAGCAGUCAAUGAGGGAAAUGCUAAAUGUGAGCAAAAUGAUGACCAGAAUCUCGCAGAUCAGUUGAACAAGGACGAGGAGGCACUCUACGAGAAGGUCAAUCGGCAGACUGAAGAAAUCGAGAAUGAGAUUAAACGAAACCAGCCGUUAAUUGGCAAGAAGUUGCCCAUAUCAAUUCUUGUCGAAACGUAUGAUGCAAACGAAAGUUCAGAAUUCCAUCAGAAAGCUAAGGAGUUGGCCGACUCAUAUAAGAGUUUACGUCGUAUUCGAGGUGACGGAAAUUGCUUCUACCGGGCAUUACUUUGCGCUGAGUUCGAGUCACUGUUUCGUGAUCAAAAUGAAUUGAAAAGGUUUACAGAAGUCUGUAAGGGUUGGCGAAACCGUUUGCUGAAGCUUGGUUUCCCUGAAUUCACAACAGGUGAUUUCUGUGAUUGGUUCGAUGAACUCUUGGAUGAAAUCGCAACUGGAAAACGAACCGAACAAAAAACACUUGGCGCAUUGAAUGAUGACGGUCCAUCAAAUUAUUACGUUACUUUUCUCAGGUUGAUAACAUCGGGAUAUCUGCGUGAGAAUGCGCCGCUGUAUGAAGGAUUCGUUGAAGGUGGUCGAAGUAUGGAACAGUUUUGUCGUGAUGAAAUUGAGCCGAUGUGGAGGGACUGUGAUCAUUUGGCCAUUAUUGCACUCACAAAUGCGAUCAAAGUAUCGAUACGUAUCGAAUAUAUGGAUCGAUCUUCGGCACCGAAUGGCGGUCGACAUUACGAUUUUGUCGUCGAUUCCAGUCCGCCUCGAUUGUUUUUCUUGUAUCGUCCAGGACAUUAUGAUAUUUUAUAUAAAAACUAA